UGACUGGGGGCUGGCCCAGCCCGCCCUAUCCCUGGAGGAGGGGGCGGGACAGGGGGAGCCCUAUAAUUGGACAAGUCUGGGAUCCUUGAGUCCUACUCAGCCCCAGCGGAGGUGAAGGACGUCCUUCCCCAGGAGCCGACUGGCCAAUCACAGGCAGGAAGAUGAAGGUUCUGUGGGCUGCGUUGCUGGUCACUUUCCUGGCAGGAUGCCAGGCCAAGGUGGAGCAACCGGUGGAGCCAGAGACAGAACCCGAGCUUCACCAGCAGGCUGAGUGGCAGAGCAGCCAGCCCUGGGAGCUGGCACUGGGUCGCUUUUGGGAUUACCUGCGCUGGGUGCAGACACUGUCUGAGCAGGUGCAGGAGGAGCUGCUCAGCCCCCAGGUCACCCAGGAACUGACGACGCUGAUGGACGAGACCAUGAAGGAGUUGAAGGCCUACAAAUCGGAACUGGAGGAACAGCUGAGCCCAGUGGCGGAGGAGACGCGGGCACGGCUGUCCAAGGAGCUGCAGGCGGCGCAGGCCCGGCUGGGUGCCGACAUGGAGGACGUGCGCAGCCGCCUGGUGCAGUACCGCAGCGAGGUGCAGGCCAUGCUGGGCCAGAGUACCGAGGAGCUGCGGGCGCGCCUCGCCUCCCACCUGCGCAAGCUGCGCAAGCGGCUCCUCCGCGAUGCUGAUGACCUGCAGAAGCGCCUGGCAGUGUAUCAGGCCGGGGCCCGCGAGGGCGCCGAGCGCGGGGUCAGCGCCAUCCGCGAGCGCCUGGGACCCCUGGUGGAGCAGGGCCGCGUGCGGGUCGCCACUGUGGGCUCCCUGGCCAGCCAGCCGCUUCAGGAGCGGGCCCAGGCCUUGGGUGAGCGGCUGCGCGCACGGAUGGAGGAGAUGGGCAGCCGGACCCGCGACCGCCUGGACGAGGUGAAGGAGCAGGUGGCGGAGGUGCGCGCCAGGCUGGAGGAACAGGCCCAGCAGAUAAGCCUACAGGCCGAGGCCUUCCAGGCCCGCCUCAAGAGCUGGUUCGAGCCCCUGGUGGAAGAUAUGCAGCGCCAGUGGGCCGGGCUGGUGGAGAAGGUGCAGGCUGCCGUGGGCGCCAGCACCGCCCCUGUGCCCAGCGACAAUCACUGAACGCCCAGGCCUACAGCCAUGCGACCCGACUCCACCCCAUGCCUCCUGUCUCCGCUCAGCCUGCAGCGGGAGACCCUGUCCCCGCCCCAGCCGUCCUCCUGGGGUGGGCCCUAGUUUAAUAAAGAUUCGCCAAGUUUCACCGCA